AUGUCUUUGUUAUCCGCCAAUAUACUAAAGCAUAUAACGAAGGUAUUAGACAUAAAGUGGGAACUCCGGAACGGAGAGAUCCUAACCGAAGACCGCGGAGCUGUGAUCGUUUCUAAUCAUCAGUCUGCCUUUGACAUCCUUGGCUUAUUCAAUGUGUGGGAGGUAGUGGGUAAAAUGACAGCUAUAGCCAAAAAAGAAAUAUUUUAUGUGUGGCCGUUUGGAUUAGCGGCAUACCUUGCAGUGGUGGUCUUCAUAGACCGCAGUAACGCCAAAAAAUCAUAUUAUGAACAACUGAAGGUCACGUCCGACGUUAUGGUGAAUCAUAAGAAAAAAAAUUGGCUCUUCCCGGAAGGUACCAGAAACAAAGACUAUACUAAAAUGCUACCAUUUAAGAAAGGUGCAUUUACAAUGGCGAUAUCUACACAAGUUCCUAUUAUUCCUGUUGUGUUCUCUCCCUCUCCGUACUAUUUCAUAAAUAGGAAUGAAUAUCUAUUUCAAAAAGGAAUGGGUCUUAGAGGACAAUUGAACACUCAACGCCUUAACCCGCGUUCAUUGAAGUUAGAGGCACGUACUGAUUUGGGACGGGCGUCACUGACCAACCACCCCUGAGCUAGGGGCCAGUUGAACCAACCACAAUCGGCUGAGUGAUCAAUGGCGAUCAGCAGUCAACUAUGAAAUUUCCCAUAAGUACAAUUAAAAUUUUGCGAACGUUUUGACGGUAACAAACGGUUUUGUGCAGCCGACCCUUAGACACCACAGUUCGGUUUAAAUAUUCCUAGAUCGAAUGUAUUAUCUAUUAUUUUAUAGUUCCACAAAAUCAAGGAUUAUAGAAAAUUAAAAAGUAUGAACUAAUUAAGUAA